UGCUGGGAGUUGUAGUUUUAUAACAGCUGGAGGCACCCUGGUUGGGAAACACCACUGUACAUUCUAUCGGGGUCUUCCAACUAGUGAGCAGUGUGGAACAGCGCGACCCGGAAGUCGUUAGCGGCGUGAGGAGACUACUUCCGGGCCGGUGUAAAGUUUUGCUGCACGUUGCUGUAUGGAUGUGUUUAGCGUCCAGGAACAUGGCUUCAGAAGUGUGGAACCGCACGUGUAUCCCCCGGCCUGCCAUCCAGUGCCAGCUGACCGUGCCCUUCGGAGACAGCACAGGUGAUGGAGGGAGAAAAAUGUAUUCAGGACGUGGUGGAGAAAUGUUCUGCCGUUCACUCAUUUUUGAAGAGCCAGGCAUUAAAUGCAGAAGUGGCAACCUUGGAUUCCAUCUUGUAUGUGUUUCACCACAGGCUGAGUGGUCAUAAAUCUUAUCUGGCUUUAAAACAGGUACAACAGUGUACAAGACGCGUAAAGUCAAUGGAUUUAGAAGGGUCCUUAAAAGAAAUUAUGGAAUUGUGCCCAAAGAAAGCAGAUCUUGAAAGUGUGGAGUAUUGCACCGUUCCAAGUCAGCCAAUUUUGGAGCUGGUGUCCAUGAAAAUUUUGGGGUCUUGCAAGUUACUAGUACGUCUGAUGGAUUGCUGCUGCAAGGCCUUUCAUUUAUGUAUACAGCAUCUGAGCUUUAAUGAAUAUAUUGUUAUGAACGUUGUGCUUCUGGCGUUGCUGAGCCGCUUAUGGAUUAUGUACAGGGGACUGUUAAAGCGUCUAAUGGCCUUCUAUAGCGUGCACAUAUGUCUGCAGAAAGAGGUGUCGGACUUCCAGAAGAUGCCAUACUUUAAAGACUUUGUGUUCCCUACUGCCAUUGAAGAGCACAUUGGUUCUGGUUUCAAUGAUUUAUUUAGAAAUAAACUACAAAACCUCUUUACCAAGAAAAGCAAAACACAAAUUCUGAACAAAAUAUUUGACACUAGUAAUGGUAUAAAGGAUAAGCUGAGCAAAAUCAAAGACAUUGGUACAAUAGAAGCACAUGUUGAUGUGGGACUGCCCAUACAGAUGCAGAGAUUUAAAAGAGACACGCUGGACACUUAUAAUGUUAAAGCCUUAUGUCUGCAAGUAAAAGAAGGCAGGCUACAAGGCCUUGGUAGUGAAAAAAAUUCAAACCAGUCCAAGAAACAUUGCAGAAAAAAGUGUGUAAGACAUUUGGUGCCUAAACUUCAGGAAGCUGAAGACUUUAAAGCUCUUUUCAAACAACUGCUUUAUGCCGUAAAAUGGUGUAAAGAGAGAAAGCUGCAAACAGAGGCUGUAUUCUUCAGGAACCGAUAUCUGAGAUGCAACAGACUGCAACAUGCUGAAGCUUUAGGAUACAGCUUAAAGAAAAAGUUGCAAUGGUGGAAGAAGUCCAUGUGUCACAGUUUGCGUGAACAGACUCUAAGAAAAGAUCAUCCAAUGCAGUUUUUAAGGCUGCAAAGAUUUCAACGAACUUGGAAACACAUGGUCACUCUUUCACAAAAACACAGAAGAGUUAAAACAAGGGAUUUGCAAAGAUCUCCAUUGUGUUCAGACCUUUUUUCUGCUGAACAGGUGCCAUCUUCUGCUGCCUCUGUCUUUGCUCCAAGGCCGGUGAUAUCUAGGCUCCAGGAGUCUAGCAGUAUAGGAGCAAACCAAUGUCUUACUGACACAGAUGACAUUGAUGAUAUAUUCUCAUCGAUUGGAAUUUAAUGGACUAUUCUUUGCGGAUGAUAGAAUAAAUUGUUAUAGGAAGCAUUGAAUGUGUACUUAAGGUUUAUUGGCAGUACAUAUUUAAUGUUGUAUAGUCAGACCAAUAAAAUAUGCUUAAGGUCUCCGAA